AUGAUUGCUGAGGUGCCAGAUCAAUAUAUAGAAGCGCCUAAGGCGACUACUUUCCAGCAAUCUAGUGAGGGUGAUAAUGUUCUUCACUAUGUUGCGCUUCCAGAUGGAAAAACAUCUAUAGAUCCAGUUGAUUUUCCAAAGGAACCCUUGCUACAAUACGACUUUGAACUUGACGAAUUCCAAAAAACAGCUGUAGCAUGCGUCCAUAGAAACGAAUCAGUUCUUGUUUCUGCACAUACAUCAGCAGGAAAAACCGCAAUUGCAUUAUAUGCCAUUCAAUCAGCAAUUAACAGCAAUUCUCGAGUCAUAUACACAUCACCAAUCAAAGCUUUAUCCAACCAGAAAUACAGAGAGCUCAAAGAACAAUUCGGCGAAGUUGGCUUAAUCACAGGCGACGUAACUGUUAAUUCUAGUGCUCCAAUUCUCGUCAUGACAACAGAAAUUCUUCGGAUGAUGCUAUACCGUGGUGAUUCAUUGAUCCACGAGCUUUCUUGGGUUAUUUAUGAUGAAAUUCACUACAUGAAAGAUCCAGAACGUGGUGUUGUUUGGGAAGAAUCAAUCAUUAUGCUUCCAGACUCAGUCCACUUCGUUUUUCUUUCAGCAACAAUUCCAAAUGCGAGAGAAUUUUCAGAAUGGAUUUCCUCAAUACACCAUCAACCAUGCCACGUAGUUUAUACAAAUCACAGACCAACACCACUCAAGUUUUACAUAUCCUCAAACGGAAGUGAAGCUCCAGCCUUAAUAAAAGAAGGAGAAGGGCCAUUAGACACAGUUGCAGUUCAUACAGCCUAUUCAAAAGUGAAACCAGAGGAAGACAAAAGUAUUUACAAAGGAAUUUCCGUUACAAAAUUAAAUUCCGGCGAAUCUAAGCCUGUUUCACGCCAAACAACAGAUAAACUAUGCGCCGAAACCGCAGCAUGGCUUGUGACCCAUGACCAAGCUCCUUUGAUCGUUUUUGCUUUUGGCAGAAAAUUAUGCGAUGAUCUUCCAACGAAUUUGAAUGGAAAGUCAUUUGUUACACAAGAAGAGUCCGAACAAAUCAACCAGAUGAUCGAUGUAGCCAUAGAAAAGCUCGAAGACAGCGAAAAAGAAUUACCUCAAAUUCAAACAAUGAGAAACCUCUUAGUUCGCGGUAUUGGUGUCCACCAUGGCGGUCUCAUUCCAUUACUUAAGGAAUUGAUCGAGCUUCUAUUUCAAUACGGUUUAUUAAAAAUCUUAUUUGCGACAGAGACAUUUGCCAUGGGUCUAAACAUGCCUGCCAGGUCCGUCUUAUUCCAUUCCCUGUUCAAAUUCGACGGAGACAAGCGAAGACUCCUUACAUCUAGUGAAUUCAUCCAAAUGAGCGGUCGCGCCGGCAGAAGAAACAACGACAGGUUCGGAAAUGUCAUUCUCACAUGUACAGGCGAACCACAAGAGCGUCCUUUCUGCGAUUUGCUCACAGGAAUCGCCCAACCACUUAAUUCCGAAUUUCACGUCACUUACCAUAUGCUUUUGUCCCUUUUGACUUCACGUAUGAUGGCACCCGAACUCCUUAUGAAGCGUUCUUUCCACCAAUUCCAAAUGGAGCGCGAGGAACCAUUAAAAGAAAAGGAAAGGGACGAUUACGCGCGAAGAGCCUCCGAAAUCCAAAUCAAAGACGAAAACAAAGUUAAACAAAGGGUUGUUGUUGAAGAUUCCAUUGAAAAACUGAAACAAGAGAAGCGAGAUCUCGAAAUGUCUCGUGAAUGUUUGAAUGACAUAUUAGUUUUAGGCAGAGUUGUUGAAGUUGGAGAGUUCGGAUAUGGAAUUGUCGCUGCAGGAUUCGCUCCAAAGCGAAAAGACCUCGAAAUCUUUGUCGCCAUUGCAGGAAAGAAAAACAAAGAUGGAGAGAUUGUUCCUGAUCCUCCUUUGCGACAAGAUUCAACAAUUUUCCACAUGAAAAUGGAUGCGAACCAACUUACAGCAAUAACUGAUUUUGUGAUUGAUGUUCACCGGAUGACGAAUGAUGGUGGAUUGAACUACGCUUUCUCCAAACUCUUGAAAGCUGUGAACCAACACAAAGUGAAUAAAAAAGAUUGGUCAUUCGUAAUGAACAAUGAAGAAAAAAGGAAAAAAUACGAAAAGCUCAAUUCUCAAUUGGAAAAACUCAAUGAAUUACUUCCAAAACUCCAGAAUGUUCCUAAAGAAGAUAUACAACUCUAUAGAAAGAAACAAGAUCUUCAGGAAUUAUCUAAAAUGGCUGCAGAAAGAUGUAAUUAUCUCAAAAAAGCUGUGAUGCAAAGAGAUUUGCAAGAAAUGAAACUAAUUAUAGAAAAAUUAGGUUUCGUUGACAGCGAAGGAAUAAUUACUGAUAAAGGAAGAGUUGCUUCUGUUAUAACUGCUGGUGAUGAAUUAGUAAUGACUGAAUUACUUUUCUCUGGUUUGUUGAAUGAAUUAACUUCUCAACAAAUUGCUUCUUUGAUGUGUAGUUUCGCUACGGAUGAAGGUGCAAAAGAUGAACCUGAAAUCCCUGACGAAAUGAAAAUGCCGUGGGAGAAAUUGAAGGAUAUAUGUGAAAGAGUGUAUAACGUGAUGUUGGAAUGCGGAAGAAACGAACCAAAAGAGAAAUGGAUGGGUAAAUUCGAUGGAACAUACGUUUCUCUCACUUUUAACUGGGCCGCAGGAGCUUCUUUCAAGGAAAUAAUGGAAGAAAAUCCGGAUACUUUCGAAGGUGGAGUAAUUAGAACAAUGAAAAGAACUGAGGAAAUUCUGAGACAGGCUCAAAGAGCUGCUGCUGUUAUGGGAUCCCCUGAGUUGGAAUUGAAGAUAUUAGACGCAAUCACGAAGAUAAAACGUGAUAUUGUUUUUGCUGCUUCUUUAUAUUUGUAA